AUGGUUGUCUGGGAGGUGGGGGGGGGGCGGGGGGGGGGGGGGGGUCGUAAUAUGGUAUUUAUGUGGUUGUGGGGUUGGUGUGUGGGUGGUUGUUGGUUUUGUGGUUGGUAUGAUUAUUUGGCUAGUGAUUGGUUGUGUUGGGGUGGGUGGUAUUUGUAUUGGGUGUUGUGGUGGGUGUGUGGGUAUGGUUUUUGGGGGGGUGGUUGGGGUUGGUUUUUGGGUUGUGGGUUGGUUGGGGGGGGGGGGGGGGGGGGUGGUUGGGGUUGGGUGUUGGUUUGGGGGGUUGGGGUUUUUGGUGGGGGGUUUUUGGGGGUGUGGGGGGUGGUUUGUGUGUUUUGUUGGGGGGGUGGGGGUGGGGUUGUUGGGGGGGUGUUUUGGUUGGUGGGGUUUUGUGUUUGGUGUGGGGGUGUGGGGUUUGUUUGGGGUUUGGUGGGGGUGGUUUGUGUUGGGGUUGUGUUUGGGUUGGGGGGUUGUGUUGGUGUUUGGUUGUUUGUUGGGGUUUUGUUUUUGUGUUUUGUUUUUGGUGGGUUUUUUGUGUGGUGGUUGAGUGUGUUGUUUUUUGGUUAUGGUGUAAUGGGGUUGGGGGGGGGGUGGGGGGUUUUGUUUUUGUUUGGUUAUGGGGUUUUUUGGGGGGGUGUGGGGGGGGGGUGGGUGUAG